AUGAUUGACUCAAUCCGAUACUUGAACUUUUACGAACUUGCCCUUCUUUCCAAGUCUUUGGGAACAGCAAAUGCUUGCAAAAUGGUGAUGAGCCGAACCAGAGGCCCGGUCAAAAUGACGGUUGAAAAAGCAACAGCGGAAAAAAUGAAGAUGCUCCCUCGAAGUGAGUGGGUUUCAGUCUCUCUACCGUCUUCGAAGACCAACACUGCUCAUUCUUCCUCAGCACAAGAUAAGAGUCGAAAACAGAAGACCGUCAAGAAAGGCUCCCUCAAGCCGUCCAAGCCACUGUCAGACGAACAGAAGGAAAAAAUCUUCGGAAAACCUCGAGAAUCUUCCGCCAGCCCUCAAAAGACUCAGAACAGCGAAUCGCCAAAGAAGAAGAAUAAGAUGACGAAGAAAAAGCCAAACAAGGGAAAAGCUCCAAACGCGAUCAGAAAGAGCAAGAAACCAUCUCGUCUUUAA